AUGGCACGCACCACAUUGACCCAACAGCUCGCCGCAGCGAAUGCCGAGCUUGCUGCUCAAAAACUCGCCAUCGACGAGGCCACUGCCGCUCUCCAAGAGAUGUGCCUCUCCCUGCAGACCUCGGCAGAGACCGCUGCCGCAGCACAGGCGGCCGAACAUGCGGCUGCUCUUGUGGCUGCACAGGCAGCUGCUGUGGUGCCCGGAAACGUUGGUGGUGCAGGUGCCACCAACAAUGAGCAGCCUGUCGAGCUGAUCCCCAAGCCGCCCUCGCACGUCAAUGGGGCAGCCACCAACCUCCGCGCGGCCAUGGGGAUCGAAUGGCAGGACCUGGUGGACAUCCGGUAUGCCAUCCAGUGCAACGUUCAUUCAGCUGGUCUGAACUGGCAAGAGACCUGGCAUCACCAGGACAAGCAAAGGCUCGCCCUGUGCAUCCAAGCAUUAGCGAAGGACUUCCCUAUUCUCAACACUUACACCAAUGGGUGGGCGACGGCUUGGAUUGUCAAGGAAUAUAUGAAGAACAUGCACCACAACGCUCGCGUGAAGGGGUACAUACCGCGCGGGCGCAAGCACAACCGCGGUGGUCGUGCCAACGAGGAAAAUGCGGUGGACCAUGCAGCUCACCUUGCCGCUCUUCGUGCACGCACCGUGAACGCGCGCUCGGGUCGUGCUCCACUCCGCGCCGCGGGCAGGAUGCAGACCACUGCAGGCCCUUCUUCUGAGGGGGCCACUGCGGCUGCGUGA